GCGCCGUGCCGUGCUGUGCCGCGUUGCGGUACGGUUUGCCAUGCCAUCCUCAGCCGAGUAGCGUGGCUAGUUGUUUCUUUUCUUUAUUCCUUUGUCGGAAAGUCGGCGGCAAGUCUCGUUUUUAAGAGGCAGCAGAGAAGGUCGGGUGAACGGCGAGCGGCGGGAUGUAGUAAGGGGAGGAAGGAGGCAAAAGGGAAACAGCAGCCGCCUAGCGAGGGGUUACGAGGGGGGGGAGAUGGUAGUUCGGUGUGAUCUCGGUAGGGGCAAAAGGGAGUCGGAGGGAAGGGGAACUCGACGCGCUGUUCGAUGAUGCGUCUUGUGCCACCAUCAGGAACUCAAUCGCUGUUCUCUUUCCUUCUAGCUUCGCCUAAAUGCUUUGAUCUCGUCACUGAUAAGUUAUCCAUUAAAUAGAGUGAGAAAAACCAAAGCAAUAAUAAUUCAAAUAUAUUUAAUUUUAAAUUUAUUCAGUGCAUUUCUAAUUCUAUGGCAAAUAAAUAUAAGACUCGGAUGUAUUGGACAUUGAACUCAAUGAUGUUGUCAAUUUCAAUAAUCUAAUCAUACAAAAAGAGAAGACAUACAUAUAUAGCUAAACACUACAACCCGCAGCAUUAACGUUAAUUAUUGGAGAGACUCAGGGAUGAAAUUUCGCGGAUGUCGUUGAUUGGCUAGUUGAUCGAUCAUUUGAUCAACCGUCGACGAUCGACCGUCACGAAUGUUGCGCGCGAUCACGUCGAUUAAACGUCAAAAGGGUGAAGUAAAUAUUUAUCACGAGAGAGAGAUGAAUUUGAGGAAGGGCGGUAGAGGCCGUGGAAUACACGAAGGCCCCCAAGACACGCAGGAUAGGAGAAGGCUAUAAUACAGUUUUGCCACGAGCGAACAUGGCGAGAGCAACUCGCCUAACCGGCGUCGAUCGGUUUUGCUUGGACUCUCUCGGCACCGCUUGCAAAAGGAUGAUACCGGCGAGAAAAAGAAAGAGAGAAUAAGAGAUAGGAGACGGUAAAGUGGAGGGACGAACGAACGAACUAACGGGCGGUGGAGCCUUGGUCAUGUUACGGCGCGGGGGAAAAGAAGGAAACGGUCGGUGCGUUUGAUCUCAGCCGCGGGCGCCGACAAAGCUUUCGUCCUCUCUCUUACAACGACGGACCGUCCCUUGGGUGCGCGCGCGAGAACGGCAUCCAUGUGUAGCCGGGACAGAAAGACUAAAGGAGAAGGAAGGAGGGGGGGAGACAGAGACAGAGAGAGAGAGAGAGAGAGAGAGAGAGAGAGGGAGGGAGGGAGCGAGUGAGAAUGAGAAAGAUGCAAAGCGGAAAGAAGAAAGAAAAAGUGAGCGGUGCGACAAAGGACCACGCAAAGAACGAGAAAGAUGGAAGGAAGUGGCCGAAGUAGAAGAGAAAGAGAUGAGAAUGAAAAGAAGGAUGAUCAUGAGCGGUUAUCUCGACGAAGAAAGAGGGACGGAGGAAAGGAGAGGUACAAGGGAUUUGUUCCACGAUUCAUCGUGCUGUUGCGGUCAUUCUAGCAUGGCUCUCUGCCACAUCACUCUCUUGUGGCAAUGGUACCCACACAAACACGCGCGCGCGCGCGCGCAUCAUCAGAUGAUGAAGAUACUGUUGGUCAUUGUCGCAUUGCUCGCUAUUGAAGCUCAAUCUCAUCCAGGAUGGCAGACUUUCCAAGAUGGAAGAGGAAACAAUCCUAAUCGUGGUCCACCUUGGGCAUAUCCACAGCAAUAUCCACAGCAGUAUCCACAACAUAUAGAAAAUCAAAACAAUGGAUUCAGUUCUGACAUUGAAUGGGUAUGCCAAAACCCAAGGACGAAAGAUAUGAUGAUUAUUGCCUCCGAUAAUACGCGACAUACGCCGCAACAGCAUCCCGGUAGAGGACCGUGGUGGCAAUGGCAUAAUGUUCCACCAGGGCACCAAGGAGAGCAUCAUCGCGGAAACUAUUGGACUCAGCCAAUCAUCAUUAUCCAAGAAACUUCGAACUCUGAUAAAAAUCAAACACCAUUGCCACUUCCAACAACAACAGAAACUUAUAAUAAUAAUAAUAAUAAUAAUAAUAAUAACAAUAAUAACAAUGACAAACAAACAACAACACAAUUUCCGCCUUAUCAUGGCGGAGAAGGAUCUAUUGAUAUUAGAAUUGGAGAAAAAUAAUAAGUAAGCUUACAUAAGUAAACGUAAACUUAAUAUUUAAAUAACACUAUAUAUAUUUCUCACAUUUUUAGUUAUUUAUAAGUUUUAUUUUCUGUUACAUUGUUUUAAUAUUGUAUUGUUUAUUAGUUUUCAGUAGUGAGCAAUAUGAGUUCAUGUUAAUAUUUAUGAAUACACAUAUAUUUUUACUUCAAAUAUGUAUAUAUUAUAUACAUAUUAAUACUAUGUUCUUAUUUCUGAUUAGUCAUUUACGUUUUAAAUACGCGCGUUUCUAAAUGGGUAAAAUCUGAUUGGUUGAAAUUUCGGUUCCACUCCACAUGCCGCCAUUAUGCGCAAUUUUAAAGGAAAUUUUUUAAUUUCCUUUAAAAUCUCAAUGUAAAUGAAUUAUUUUUAUUAAACUAAAAUUUAAUCAAUCUAUUAAUCAAAACCUCCCUUUAAUUUUCCCCCUAUCACAUACAAAUAUAUAAUACUUAAAAACUAAUUUUUUUAAAUACAUAAAAUAAAAAUAAUAAAAUAAGUAAGCUAACAUAAGCUAUUAGGCUCAUACCCUAAAUAUAGACCACUUAAUCUCUUAUUUAUCUACUCAUUUAAAUUUUCUAAAACCAAAUGAUAGGCCUGAAAAAGGAUUAUUUUGAUAGAAUAAACCAUGUAUAUUAU